AUGGCGUAUGUUUUCGAUUCAACCUUUGAUUGCAAAAAUAUUGAUGCUGCAAAAGAGGUAACAAUAUCCCAAAUGAAUGGACAAGAUUAUGCAUCAAAUUCUGUUCAUGUAUUUCAUGUUGGGAAAAUGAGAAUGAAGCUAUCCAGAGGUUGGAUUACGAAAGCUCGGGAAAAUUAUUCAUCGUCGAUGCAGCUUUUGGACUCGAAUCUUAUUCCAUCUGCCUCUGCUAGUGAGUCUAAGGUCUUCUACUUGAAGAUGAAAGGGGAUUACCAUAGGUAUUUGGCGGAGUUUAAGGUUGGAGAUGAGAGAAAAGCUGCUGCUGAGGAUACUAUGCUGGCUUAUAGGGCUGCUCAGCCUUCUUCAAUAGGCUAA